CGGAUAACUCGGGAAAUCUCCGGUUAUUGUCCUGCAUCCUACGGCGAAAUAAGCAUUCCAAGGCUGACAAGGGUGCUAUGAGUGAGGGCUGCGGCGGCGUCGUCGUCUUCUGCGGACGGCAAGAGGGACUGGGUUGUAUGCAAGCACAUCAGCACGAUGGAAGGGAUGCGCAUGGUCACUGCUUGUCCGAGUAUCAAAGCGACAUGAUGUGGUAGGUGCUGCUUCGACAUCGCAAUUUCAACAGAUCGCAGCAAGACAAGCAUGCCCAAUUUUUGUGCGAUCCGCGCAAGGUCAAGUAGGUCUCUCCAAUGCAUGCUUGGAACUUGGCUGAGAGGUUGCGUUGAUGUGCGAUGACACAUUUGCAGAAAGAGCGGCAUGCAACGAGGUGGAAGGUCAUGAGGCAUCUCCACGGUCGUGCACGUGGCGUCCGCGGUCAGCAUCGUUGCAACAAUCGUACUGUUCUCCAUCAUGGUCAACUUUGGAACGGUGUCGUUGGGCUUGUCUUGCCAUCGUAGCGUUAACGUGGAGCCGUGGAGUGUCGGCAACGGCAGCCUCGGCACGCCUUGCAAUCGGAGAUGUGUCGGCGACUCGACAGUCGAUGGAUUGCACAGCGUUGUCAGAACGCGCACUACAUGGCGCAAAAUACGUGCAUUCGACGUUUCCGUCAGGAAAGCUUCGAUGUAAGUCCACCACUCGUUGACGGCGAGGCGGCCGGACGAAGUCUGGGCACUUGCCACGCACAUCCCGACAGUCACGUUCAUGCGGAGCAGGUUGUUGUUGGACCGACAUACUACGGACGCGAGGUGGUGAUAGCUCGAUCCAUCUUGGCCGUUGAGUUCGGCUAGGAGCCACGUCAGGAAAGCGGAUGGUUUGCGUUGGAUGAGUAGGAGCACGCAUCCUUGCUCGACCAGAUCCUGCACUAAGUUGGGACCAUCGGCACAGUUCUGGGCCCAUUGCAUGAGGCACGUGAGCACGGUGGAUGCCGCUCGAUUGAUGCAAGGGCUGUCAUGAGCCCAUGCAAGCCAUCCAAGGUGGAUAAGCCCGCCGGAGAUGCGAAGAUGGGCAGCGGUGUCCCGUGGAAUAGUGUCGUGCUUGGUAGUAAACAGGUGCUUGAGUGCACUCAAAGCAGGUACCUGGAGACGUGUAGAUGAUUGGAGCAUGGGCGACAAAGCGUGAAGGAGACCAUGGUCGACGAGAACUUUGCAAAUGAGCGGUUGAUGGUUCAUGCACGCCGAGAGAAGCGUCAUGCCAACUUCAGCACGAUGAGGGGGCGACUCAGGGUCCAGGACGUACUGAACAAGGACAUGAACGAAAACAUCGCUAUGGUCAAAGUCUUCCAGGCACGCCAUGGAGUUUUCCACGCAGAACGUGAUGCAUUUCAGCGCGGCUUCCUGCAUGCGGUGAAUGUGUGGGGUAAGGUCUCCAGUCGACAGCUCGUCAUGAAGGAUGAGGAAAGUGAAUGCAUCCAUGGCGCCAGCAAAACACACACGAUCUACGAGAUGGGGCAGCUUGCAAAUCUGAACCAUUGUCAACGCAGCAAGUUCUCGUGUUUGCUGGGACGUGGGGUCCGUCACGUCGUAGGGGGAGAUCAGUUUCACGCAGAGGUUCUCAAUGCAAUGUGUGGCGACCAGUUGAUCUUGGAGCUGGCGCUGCAGCAAGCGACGCGACGAUUGCUCGGGAGCUGAAAACACACCAAAUAGGCAAUGGACGACGGCAAGUUCGACCGAGGGGUUGGAACUGCCGAGGAGGGAGCUCAACGUGGACCAUACCUUGGUAUUGGCCAUCACGUGUUCAAACAGCGACGCGUCCACCUCUGGGCGUUGGAGAAGAGUCCACACAUCCUUCCAUAAUAGCAGGACACCGUGCUCGACAAUGGCCCAGUCGGAUGACCACAGCGGAUACGCCGCCCUGCCAAGGUCGUUCAUGGAGAGUCGCC